AAGAUGUUCACGCAAUUAUUGAGACGGAAUAGGAAGCUGUUUACAGCUCCAGUGAGGUACUUCAGACCUACCCAAACUUUGAAUAACAAGUUUGAUAUAUUUGUUGACGGAAAGCCGAUUACUGUUGAUUCCUCAUACACUAUUUUCCAAGCCUGUCAUGAAGCUGGAGUUACCAUCCCUAGGUUCUGCUACCAUGAGAGACUUGCAGUUGCCGGUAAUUGUAGGAUGUGUCUCGUUGAAGUUGAAGGAGCUCCGAAACCAGUUGCUUCUUGCGCCAUGAAUGUCAUGCCAAAUAUGAAGGUCAAUACCAAAUCUGAAACUACUAAAGUUGCAAGAGGUGGUGUUCUGGAGUUCUUACUAGCAAACCAUCCUCUCGACUGUCCUAUCUGCGAUCAAGGAGGAGAGUGUGAUCUUCAAGAUAUUUCCCAGGUCUACGGAUACCAAGAGUCAAGAUUCAACGAAUACAAGAGAGCAGUAGAAGAUAAAUACCUUGGCCCAAUUAUCCGCACAGUAAUGAACAGAUGCAUCCACUGUACCAGAUGUAUUAGAUUCACUGAGCAAGUUGCAGGAGAGCAUACUCUUGGAACUACAGGAAGAGGGAACUAUACUGAGAUUGGUACAUAUGUUGAAGCUUUGGUUACUAAUGAGCUAUCUGCCAAUGCUGUUGAUUUAUGCCCAGUCGGAGCCCUCACUCAUCUUCCCUACACCUUCGUAGCUAGGCCAUGGGAACUCAAGUCUGUUUAUAGUAUCGAUGUUCUCGAUGGGAUGGGAUCAGCAAUCGAAGUAAAUUAUAGAGGAGGUGAAUUGAUGAGAAUUCUACCUAGAGUCCACGAAGAGAUUAACCUUGAAUGGAUCUCUGAUAAGACCAGACAUGCCUUCGAUGGACUCAAGAAGCAGAGACUUUCAUUCCCAAUUCUCAAAACUCCUGGAGGAGAUAUUAAAGAGUUGAAAUGGGAGGAAGCUAUGGAUAUUAUGAGAGACCAAUUUGAUCAAGUUUCAGGAGAUGAAAUUGCCGGAUUUGUUGGUAAACUGGCUGAUCUUGAAUCCACUCUUGCCUUCAGAGAUUUACUUCAUAGACUUGGAUGUGAGCAUGUUGAGUCAAGCUCUAUUGCACCAAAGCUAAAUGCCAAUCUUAGGUCAGAGUAUUUGUUCAACUCAACUAUCCCAGGAGUUGAAGAUGCAGACUAUGUGCUUAUGGUCGGAUCUAAUAUUAGAACUGAAGCACCUCUUCUGUGCUCUAGAAUUAGGUCAAGAGUAGAUGAGCACGGUCUUGAAGUUGGAAUUGUCGGAUAUGCUCCAAAUUUAAAGCACAGAUACAGCCACCACGGUACCACCACAGACACUUUGAAGGAGAUUGCUGAUGGAUCCCACCCUGCCUUUGAGAAACUGCGUGAGGCCAAGCGUCCAAUGGUCAUUGUCUCCAGUCAUGCUCUCAGCAGAGAUGAUGGAGAAGCUAUUUUGAACAACAUCAAGGCAAUCGCAGAGAGCACUAAUGUGAUCAACCACGAAGAGCGAUGGAACGGAAUGAACGUAUUGCAUAAUGACAUUGGAAGAGUUGGAGCCCUUGAUCUUGGAAUUCAACCUUACUCUGGGAAGGAUAAUAUCAAAAACAAGAAAUUGGUAUACUUGCUCGCAGCUGAUGAAUUCAGAGAAGAAGAUAUCCCAGAAGAUGCCUUUGUGAUCUAUCAAGGACAUAAUGGAGAUAAAGGAGCUAACUUCGCUGAUCUUGUCCUCCCAGGAUCCUCAUAUCUUGAGAAGCAUGGAAGUUAUGUUAAUAUGGACGGAAGAACCCAGAUUGGUAGAAAAGCUGUCACAGCCCCAGCCCUAGCCAGAGAAGAUUGGACUAUUCUUAGAGCAUUAUCUGAAGAACUUGGAGCUCCACUUCCUUAUGACAGCAUUGAAGAGCUGAGAUCUAGAAUGUCCGAUUUAGCCCCACAUCUUAUUAAAUAUGAUGCUCUUGAGUCAUCAGGCUUCGAAGAUCUUGUUGUCAAGAACAAGCGUGGAAGCUCUGAGAUGAAUGGAACCACAUUUGAAGACCCAAUUGACAACUUCUACAUGACUGAUUCUAUUUCAAGAAAUUCUCAAGUAAUGGCCAGAUGCUCUAAGGAAUUUAAUCCAAAGAAGUUCACUAAUUUCAAGGAGCCAGAUAUUGAUUUUGCUGGAAGAUAAUUAUUUCAACUAAUUUAAAUUAAA